GCCUACUGAAUGGCUGUCCCUUUUUUUAUUGAUUUUAUGCUUAAUUUCUUCAGAGGUUCUUCAAAAUGAGUGAAAUUUUCACCAUUGAAGAAGUCCUGGAAGCCAUACUCCAGUCAGGAAUGAAGUUGAAAUUGGAAAAGUCGAAGUUCGAACAUACAUCGUAUCGAAAGAUGGAAUACAAACCGAUCCUGAGAAAAUUAAAGCUGUUUCGAAGUUUCCCCAACCGAAGAAUGUGAUGGAUGUUUGUCUUUCUAUCGACGAUUCAUCAAAAACUUUGUGGAUCAACUACGAUCUGAACUGACGAAGAAGGAUGUUAACUACAAGACCAAUCCUGGUGGCACCUGUUUUUGGGAAACCGUUCGUGAUCGAAACAGACGAUUUAUGAUUAGAUUUUGGUGCUGUACUAUCGCAAGCACAGGACGAAAAUGGCAAAGAUCUUCGCGUCGUGGCGUAUCUCUUGUGGCGUAAUAUAAAUUUUCUGUGGUGAAUAAAUUUUGUAAUUGAG